CUUGAUGACUGCACCCUGCAGUUGUCUCACAACGGUACCUAUCUGGAUCUAGAAUCCACCCUAGCAGAACAAAGAGAUGAACUGGAAGGCUUCCAGGAGGAUGCAGGGAGGGGCAAGAAGCACAGUAUAAUUCUGAGGACCCAGCUGUCGGUGAGAGUCCAUGCCUGCAUUGAAAAACUUUACAAUUCCAAUGGACGGGAGCUGAGACGAGCACUUUUCUCCUUGAAACAAAUAUUUCAGGAUGACAAGGAUUUGGUUCAUGAGUUUGUUGUCGCUGAAGGUCUGACUUGCUUAAUCAAAGUGGGAGCAGAGGCCGACCAGAAUUAUCAGAACUACAUCCUGAGAGCUUUGGGCCAGAUAAUGCUCUAUGUCGAUGGCAUGAAUGGAGUAAUAAAUCAUAAUGAAACCAUCCAAUGGCUGUACACACUUAUUGGGUCAAAGUUCCGCCUGGUGGUAAAGACAGCACUGAAGCUGCUGCUGGUGUUUGUGGAGUAUACUGAAUCCAAUGCACCGCUAUUAAUCCAGGCAGUAUCUACUGUUGAUGAGAAGAGAGGAGCCAAGCUAUGGUCCAACAUCAUGGAGAUCUUGGAGGAGAAGGAUGGGGUUGAUACCGAACUCCUGGUUUAUGCAAUGACCUUGGUUAACAAGACGCUGUCGGGGUUGCCAGAUCAAGACUCUUUCUACGACGUGGUGGACUGUCUGGAAGAGCUAGGCAUUGAAGCUAUUUCACAGAGACACUUGAACAAGAAAGGAACAGACUUGGACUUAGUUGAGCAAUUUAACAUUUAUGAGGUGACACUGAAACAUGAGGAUGGAGAUGAGAGUGCUGACCCCCCUCCCAGCGGGCGCAAGGACCGGAGAAGGGCCAGUCUUGGUGCUAGUGAGCGAAGGGGGUUAGAGCGCCGACGGAGCCGCAGGCACUCGGUACAGAAUGUCAAAAGCACUUUAUCAGCCCCUGCAAGUCCAUGCAGUCAGUCAAAUCCUAGCUUCGUGCUAGGCCAUGGACAGCGUGUUGAGGAUCUCAGUGAAAGAGAGGAGGAAGAGUGUGAAGAGGAGGAAGAAGAACAGCCAAUCACAGAGCCCAAUACUGAGGAUGAGGGGGAGGAAGAGGCCAGUAGUAGGGUCAAAGCCAGUGAGGCCCCAGGUGUGCAGGAGGCUGUGAAUGAAAACGUUUCACAGUGUUCUGAUUCUUCAGCCAUCUCCAGUGCCAUUUCUCCAGCUGAGAGGCCUCUCUCCUGCUCUAGAGCAAAGAGCUCUUCUAGCAGCUCCUCUUCUGUGCCUGACUCAUCUGUCUCUCAUCAUAAUUCUGUUCUUUCAUCACCAUCUUCACCUGCAGCAACAUUGCUAAGCUCUUCCCAAAAUUCAUCAGCAUCCAUUACUCCAAAGGCAUCUCCAACAGUGGAGAAAUUACCUUAUGUACCGCAUACUCCUUUUCACCUCUUCUCGUAUGACUUUGAAGAGUCUCCAGCAUCUGUGAAAGAAAAGGAAGCAGAAAUGAUGAGGGAAAACAGAUACAGUAGCUAUGGCAGCAGCUCCUACUCUUCUCCACGACCUUACCCUGGUGUCAGUGCCCCUACAACACCCACUUCUCGUUAUGGGACAACUCUCUCACCGCCUCAAGAGACCAAAUCUGACAGGCCAGCUUUGGGUGGUCUCCUUACAUCAUCUUUUCGGCAGCACCAGGAGUCCUUGGCAGCAGAAAGAGAAAGACGACGUCAGGAGAGAGAAGAAAGGUUGCAAAGGAUAGAACGCGAAGAAAGAAACAAAUUCAACCGUGAUUAUUUAGACAAAAGAGAAGAACUAAGACAAGCAAGAGAAGAGAGAUACAAAUACUUGGAGAGGUUGGCAGCAGAGGAGUAUGAAAAGGAACUGAAGAGUCGGAGCGUAAGCCGAGGCAGAAGUGAGCUGUCCUUGAACCUGAGAUCUCCUUCAGCGCCAUCCUCACCUGUACCCAAGUGCAUCAGCCCAGUAUCCAUAGAGUCCCAGGAAGAGCUGAAGACCCCUUCCACACCUUCUGGGACCCCUCAGCCCUCAGAAGUGAGUGCCAGUGAACCCGAACCAGAGACAGAGACAGAACCAGAACCAGAGCAGCAGUCUGAGGCUGAGGCCGAGCAGGGAACGGAGACACCCAAGGAAAUAGAGGCUACAGAGGUGGAACCAGAAAGUGAGGUCGAGCAAGGACCAGAGAGAGAGCCAGAAGAAAGUGCAAUACUCAGUGAAAAAGAGAGACAGAAUGAGGAAGUGAAUGAAAAAGACAACUGCUCUGCAUCCAGCAUAUCCUCAGCAAGCAGCACUUUAGAGAGGGAAGAGAGAGAGGACAAGUUAACCAGUGACAAUGAAACUGGUCCUUGGUCGCAGACCAUUCAGGAUGCUGGUGUGAAUGAGCAGUGCAGCAACAUCCUCAACAACAAGCGGUUUAUGCUGGACAUGUUGUAUGCGCAUAACAAAAAGCCCAAGGAUGAAGAGGAGAAGGAGCUGGAGGCGAAGGAGGAAAAGAAGGAGACGGAGGAAAGCGAGGAGUCACUCACUAGCCUAGCCAGUAGGAUCUCCAUCCUUCAGGCCACAAAGCAGGCCAAAGAGGAAAGUGUCAAAAAGAUGGAGAUUGGAAAUCUGGACAACCAAGGCAGCGUGAAAGCCUUUGCGGAAAAAUUCAACAGUGGUGAGCUGGCCAAGGGGACAGCCGUGCCUGAAGAUGAAAUCAGUGAACAGGUCCCUGAGAAAACACCAGCACAGCCAAAGAAGGAAUCUGACUACAUCUGGGAUCAGCUCAUGGCUAAUCCUAGAGAACUUAAAAUCAAAGACAUGGAUUUUACAGACUUGGGGGAGGAGGAUGAUGUAGAUGUGUUGGACAUGGAUAUGGGUCCUGGGGACUCCCUUGUUCCCCCUCCUCCACCUCCACCUUCUUUUCUGGGUUUGCCUCCUCCACCACCUCCCCCACUGUUUGGAUGUCCACCUCCACCUCCACCCUCUGCUAAUUUAUUGGCUCCUCCUCCUCUGUUCAGCACUCCUCAGGGUUUAGGGUCACCCCAGGUUCCUAGGGGUCAGCCAGCAUUUAUGAAGAAGAAGAAAACCAUCCGUCUGUUUUGGAACGAGGUACGGCCAUUUGAGUGGCAGUGUAAAAACAACAAACGCUGCAGAGAAUUCCUGUGGUCGAAACUGGAACCCAUUAAGGUGGACACUUCCAAACUGGAGCAUCUCUUUGAGUCUAAAUCCAAGGAACUGCCUGUCACAAAGAAAACUGCUGCAGAUGGGAAGCGACAGGAGAUCAUUGUAUUGGACUCAAAACGAAGUAACGCUAUUAAUAUUGGCCUGACUGUUUUGCCCCCUCCCCGCACUAUCAAGACUGCUAUUUUGAACUUUGAUGAAUAUGCCUUAAACAAGGAAGGAAUAGAGAAAAUCCUGACCAUGAUCCCGACCGAGGAGGAGAAGCAAAAGAUCCAGGAGGCACAGCUGGCAAACCCUGAUGUCCCUCUGGGCAGUGCCGAGCAGUUUCUUCUCACGCUCUCCUCCAUCAGCGAGCUUUCCGCCAGGCUCCAGCUCUGGGCUUUCAAGAUGGACUACGAGAUAGUGGAAAAGGAAGUUGCAGAACCACUUCUUGACCUGAAGGAAGGAAUGGACCAACUGGAGCACAAUAAAACUUUGGGAUUUAUCCUUUCUACUCUGCUAGCCAUCGGGAACUUUCUGAAUGGAACCAACGUCAAAGCUUUUGAGUUGAGCUACCUCGAGAAGGUUCCAGAAGUCAAGGACACGGUGCACAAGCAGUCCCUCCUGCACCAUGUCUGCACUAUGGUGGUGGAAAAGUUCCCAGACAGCACUGAUCUUUAUUCAGAGAUAGGGGCCAUCACUAGGUCAGCCAAGGUCGACUUUGAACAACUUCAGGAAAACUUGUGUCAGAUGGAAAGACGGUGCAAAGCAUCAUGGGAUCACCUUAAGGCCAUAGCAAAGCAUGAAAUGAAGCCAACUCUAAAACAAAAAAUGUCCGAGUUUCUUAAAGACUGUGCAGAAAGAAUCAUAAUCCUGAAAAUUGUUCAUAGAAGAAUAAUUAACAGAUUUCACUCAUUUUUGUUAUUUAUGGGCCAUCCUCCCUACGCAAUACGUGAAGUCAACAUCAAUAAGUUCUGCAAAAUUAUUAGCGAAUUUGCUCUGGAAUACCGCACCACCAGGGAACGAGUUUUGCAGCAAAAACAGAAACGAGCUAACCACAGGGAAAGAAACAAGACCAGAGGGAAAAUGAUAACAGAUUCUGGCAAGUUCUCCAGCAGCUCGCCCCCCUGCCAGAGCCAGCCCCAGGGGCUGCAGUAUGCUGAGGAUGCUGCAGAGCAUGAGAACAUGAAGGCCGUGCUGAAGACCUCCUCUGUCGGUGGGGAAAGCACCACGGUGCUUGGGGUCCGCACUCGCAGCCGGGCCAGCCGAGGCCGUAUUGGUUCGUGGAAUGCUGGCAACGAUGAUUCACCUAAUGCAACGGAUGACGCAGCAGAUGAGAUCAUGGAUCGCAUUGUAAAGUCUGCCACCCAAGUGCCAAGCCAGCGAGCGGUGCCUAGAGAGAGGAAGCGGUCACGAGCAAAUAGGAAAUCAUUGAGAAGGACACUAAAGAGUGGACUGACACCAGAAGAAGCCAAAGCACUGGGCCUCAUCAGCACCUCUGAGAUGCAGGUUUGACGUCUCAGAGGUGGCGACAAGAAGAGCCGUUCAUCUGAAGCACACAGGCUGACAACCCUCAGCGUGGCAUUGACCUGCCAGCCUCCUCUGCUGCUCCCAACAUCCCAUCCUCUGUUAGUCUGAUUUUAAUAAGCAACAAAAAGCAAAACCCCACAGCCAGGGCAGAAGAAGGGUGUGCCGCAGCUCAGCACAACAUCUGGACAGUAACUGAGAAAGCAUUUGAGUGCUUGUAGGUGAAAGCAUAUGGCUCCUUCUGUCAUGGUGUGUUGAUGUGGGUAGGAGGGGACUCUCUCUGAGUUACCUGUCAUGUGAGCUGUGUUUAUGCUGGCUUUCUUUGUGCCCUGUUUUAGUCAUUGUAAAUGUAUGGCAUUUUGUCAAUGCAAGGAACAGUCCUUAAAGAGGCAAAAUAACUCCGGUUACAGCAACCCCAAUUUCCUGAAGCAGAUUCAUUAAGCAAAGAUGUGAAACCCUGUGGUUUGUUUGGGUUUUUUUAUUAUUUUGCCACCAAAGAAUGUAAAAAUGUAUGUGUACCUUUGUAUAUGUACAGAAUGAAUGUGUGGACACGUGUGCGUGUAUCUAUACACAUACUGUCGUGGUGUGAAAUCACGCUCCUACUGAAGCUAGCUGGACCAUGAUUUUCACUCUGAGUCCUUACCAUUACACCUGGGCAGGAGGAAAAGGAGUGUCUUUCUGUAGGAACUUGGUGUUAUCAAUGGGAUUCACCUUGUGAGGCAGGAGGUGGCCUGCAAUGCAAGUGGAAAGUUUAGGAUCCUGAAUUCAUGUGUAUUAAUACACACUCAUACUGUACAUAGCGGCAUGCACAUAGAGGAGAGGACGCAGAAUACCUCCCUCUUGUUGAGCUAUAGCUGUACUAUGCAUUUGUACAGUUGCAAAGACAUCUAUGCCAACAAUUUUACAUACUUGGUAAAUGCAUUCAGAUGCUAAGAUCAAGAAGUUUUGUUCACUUGCCUGUGCCCUUCAUGCUGCUUUUCUCUGCUGCAAGAUAAUGUGGUGGUGAUUUUAUUUCAAAUUAAUGGAUCUGAAUAUGAAAUGGCCCUGCUAAAAGCCUGCUGUUUUUUUGCUGGUUUUGACUCUUUUUUUGUGAUUAUCCUUGAUGCAAGUGGAGAGGGUACUACACUCCAAUAUGUUUGCCCUUAUGUCGGUGUUUUAUGACUGACUUUUAUAACUGCCCUCAACAUUUGUGUUUGAAGAACCUUUAGUCAAACUCAUCUGCCUUUACAUGGAGGAUGUAUACAGCAGUGAAGAUGAAUUGAACACUAACCCUAGCCAGUGCUGAAGCAUUUUGAAGAAAACUGCAAAUAACAGUAAUGUAAAAGGGAACUUUUUAAGCCAAAGUCUGUAUAUGACCAAUUGAUCCUCAAGGAUGCACAAGAUUAUCUCUUUCCAUUGCCUUAGCCUCUAAGAUUAAGGGUGUGUCUGCACAGCAGUAACAGCUGAGGCUUCCUUCAAGCUAGUGAACUGUGGAACUAGUGAAAGUAGGGUAACUAGCUAACUGGGUUUGAUUUUGGCUGCAAAACACACUUGAAAAGUAGGAUUAAUUAAUAGUCUAUGCUGGGCUCCUAAUGCCAUAGCUAUGUUGCUUCUGCCACCCAAUCUAGGUCAGGUAUGUCAACAAGUUAUUCUGCUCUGCUCUCAUUAAGGACAGGAUAAUUGCUGAAGAUUGUUCAGGAUAGUUGAACCAAACACGAUAAACCUUUUAAAUCUCGGUUAUCUGUCACAUCGCACUGAGUACAGCAUCCAAGUGAUGAGAGAACCAGGUAUUUGACAACACUGCAAUGAGAUCUGUAGUGGAACACCCUAUCUAUGCUGUCUCUCUCUUGAUCAUAAUGUUUCGUUCUUGGUUUGCCAUUGCCUUGGAUCUUCACAUGUCAAAGUCUGUGGGUAAAAAGUCACUGAUGAGCAAAGGAUCUUAAGGAUAGCAUUGAGUUUGAUCUGUUUUUCCCCUCAGCUUGUUUAAAAGUCAAAUGUUCAGGUAGGCAGAAGGCAGUUGUUGUGUAAUUAAUAAAAUGUAUUGUGUAUUUGAAAGCUAUGAAAAGGAGGAAGCUGGUUAGGAAACAGAAAGAAUUGGCAUAUAAUUAAUCUCACUGUACAAUAAGAAAGACCUAUGAGCAUCUAGAAUUUAAAGUGGAUGUUUAUGUGCUGCUCACCUUUAUGGACUUUUAAAAUCUCUCUUAAGGAUGCUUAGAAAAAAGGAAUGAAGGUAAUGGGGGUUUGUGAAGGUCUUGAAGGUCUGAAACAAGAGGAAGACACCCUGAAUGUAAUGGUUAUGUUGAACUGUUGUACUGGUUAAGUGAUAAAAGAAGCCAAAAUGUAACAAAAUGUGUCUAUGUUGGCAGAGGUCCUAUAUUUGAUUGAAGGGAGAAAAUCAAACAAGUUUUUAAAAAUUAAUAAUUAAAAUAUCCUGAAUGUGUAAAGUAGGUGGCUGUUGGUGACCACCUGAUAACAGGAACACAAAAUAGUGUUUCGUUUAGACAUAGUACAGCAUCUGUGUCUGAAACGUAAAAUAGCUGAUGAAUUACUAAUAGUUGGGCAUCUGUAUUUUCCAGGAAUUGUGAAAAAAAAAAAUGUGCAAAACUUCAUAUACUCCUUAUUGAGGAGAGAAUUAAAUAUGGGAAGUGGGAUUAGAAUAAAGUCAGGAAAAAAAGCUGGUUUCUUUCAGAUGCUCUGGAUGCAAGUGUCUUACACGUGAAGCGUAUCCUUCCUUGUCCAUUUUUCCAUUAUGUUUUGUAUUUUUGCCUAAGUUCCUGCUCUGUAUCUGUAACACCAAAACCAAUUUUUCUGAGGAUAACUCGGUCUUGUUAUGCAGUCUUCAGUGUUUAUUGCAACAAGAUCAUCAAAGAGUAACAAUGCAAUAACUACAGAAAAAUUUUCCAUUUUGGCUUAUGAUAAAAAUGGUCAGCGGCCCAAUGUGCUAAUCUGCAAGGUGGCAGUAUUUCCUCUGGAGUCUGCUAGUAUGUCCUGACUGUGGUAAUAACAUUUGCUCCCCUUCAUCUAACUAGUGGAUUCCAGAUGAAAUGGAAGAAUUGGUUAUAUUUGCCUGCCUCUGUCUGUCUGUCUAAUCAGGUUGUAAACCUUCAGGAUUUGAGCUGCUGCCUGCACCUCCAUCCUCAAAUGAGCCCACUGUAAGGAUAUAAGUUGUUUUAAAAUGUGUGUGAGAUACAAUUGUUUUUGUCACAAACAGACAGGUCUUGGAAACAUGCUGUAGUAACACAUGUUCCCAUCUCUCACUUAGAGAUCCAUGAAGGCUCUUUUUAAAUACUUGCAGCCAUUAUAACUACCUCUCUUUUCUUUCUCAUAGUACCAGUCAGCUGCAAAUGUAGUGCCCAGAGUUUUGUAUCUCCACCGAGCUCUCAGAGUCGCUGCUGGUGUUGAUUUCAGCACCCAUCUGCUGCCAAUAACUUGUCUGUCUACCACCAUAAUGCCUUCCUGAUUUGGAUGCUGAGGUAAACUUUAGCGUAUGAAAUGGCAGCCAAAGGGAAGCUAUCCUAAUUUCCUUUCAUCUCCCUUGGUGUUUAAAAGCAGACUGCAUACAAAUACUUUGUAUUCCCUCGCUCCCAACUGAGGGAUAACUUUCAGUAGCAGUUAUGUGGCUGCGGUGAAGAAGUACCCCCAGGGAAUGCUGUGUGCCACAAUCGAGAGUGAAAGAUCCCUCAGAAAAAUUAAAUUCAUCACUCCUCACCUUUCAGUAAGGCCAGGCACCAGACUCAUGGAUUCCAGAUGUUUUAUAGCCCCUUGGCUGCUAUGUGUGACCCUUCUGUUUGAUAGAUCCCUGUCUGUAAUCCAAAAUCAACACAAAAAUGGUGUUUUAAUGAGGGUCUUGCUCUGAUAAAUACUGGAAACAGUGUCAAAUACAUUUCUUUUUCUCUUUUGACCCCCUUCUAUUGUAAAUCUCUGUAGUGAUUGACUCUGUCGGCAAAAUGAGGCAUCAGAUUUGCAGAUAGACAAGAUUUUGGCUUUAGCUUAUUAGAAAGUCAUAUGUGAAUAGCCAGAUAAGGGUUCAUGCCCCGAUUUAACAGAAAUUUGGAAUCAGAGUCUUGAAGUGACUGAACAACAAGGGCCUCCUGCAAGGUGCUCCAUUCCCCCUUGAGGUACUAGAUAACGUGGCAGGACAGCACCCUAAGUCCCUGGUGUGCUAUGCUCUGGACGUACCCUGGCGAACACUAAAAGCCAUUGAAAACUCACAAGUAAGGACUACAACAUCUACUGCAAACUUAAGGGGCACAGUGCCACUGUAAGUGCAGUCAGCGGUUCCUUUUGUCAGGCAUCUGCUCUGCACUCGCGUCUCCAAUAGUGUAACAACAGGAAGUGUCUAUCCAGAAUUCUUUAGAAACCGUUUGGCCUAUGGUAAUAGUCUGGAUUUGGGUGUGUGUACGCUGUGUGGUUAAUUGUUUUUACAGUGCUUUGAUUUCAUUGAGAUGGAAUGGGGACAAGGUGGCAGCCCACCAGUUUCACAUCCUUUAUCCUGCCACUACAACUCGCAGGGAAGUGUACACGCUGCCUGCCUUUAUCUAAAGGAUGCAUAGGGACAUGGUGUCAGACAGAAGCACGAGUAUGUUCCUCUCUCCCUUUCACUUCUGUACGCUCACUGCACAUGUACCACUCCUCUUGUUAUCUCCGAGGCAUGUUGUGUGUGCGCACAGAGGCAGAGAGCCUGGCCCUGUGCCGUGCUGGGUUGAUGGCUCUGCAUUUCCAGCAUUGGGAUGCAAGAAACACUUGCCUAAGCUGUAAGGACUAUGACUGUUGAUGUUUCUCCACAGGGAAAACUGCCAGGUACUUACAG